AAUACUUUCCUUUCCCUUCCUCAUAUAAGUCAAGAGUAAGUAAUUUGCUUUCUUUGUGUGGGGGUGAUGGCAGAACUGGGAAAAGCAUGUUGUUCUGGAAGCUGCAAGUAGGACUUUUGGGUUUCCGGAAGGGUGCAGCUCUAAUUCGAAUGUUGGCUAACUUUAUGGGUCACUCUGUGUUUCAAAUGGGCUUACAAGACUAUUUAACCAUUCACAAGUAUGGCAAUGCAGCCAGAAAUGAUCUCUGGAACACAUUGUCAAAGGCUUUAAGAAGGGUUGGAAAAUCUGUAAAUAUCCAAGAAGUCAUGGAUCAAUGGACACUACAGAUGGGUUAUCCUGUUAUCACUGUCUUGGGAAAUGAAACUACAGACAAUGUCAUAGUGAUCUCCCAAGAGCGUUUUGUUUAUGAUAGUGAUGCUAAACCCAAGGAUCCUGCCUUUGGAGACAACAGCUACUUGUGGCAGAUUCCAUUAACAAUUGCAGUAGGAAAUACGAGCCACAUCUCAUCAGAGGCAAUUAUAUGGGUGUCUAACAAAUCAGAACACCACAGAAUUCCUGCUUUGGAAGAGGCAAGUUGGUUGCUGGGGAACAUCAACCAGACUGGCUACUUUAGAGUUAAUUAUGAUAUUAGGAACUGGAGGCUGCUGAUUAAUCAGCUAACAAGGAACCAUGAGGUUAUCUCUGUCAGUAAUCGGGCAGGCUUGAUCGAUGAUGCAUUCAAUCUAGCCAGAGCUGGUUAUUUGCCUCAGAAUAUUCCUUUGGAGAUUAUCAGAUACCUUUCAGAGGAGAAGGAUUUUCUGCCUUGGCAUGCUGCCAGCCGUGCUCUUUAUCCUCUGGAUAAAUUACUGGACCGCACAGAAAACUACAACAUCUUCAAUGAGUAUAUUUUAAGACAAGUUGCAUCAAUGUAUCUCAAGCUGGGAUGGCCAACGAGUAAUUUAAACAAAUCGCUUGUUCAAGCAUCAUACCAACAUGAAGAGCUGCGUCGGGAAGUCAUCAUGUUGGCCUGCAGCUUCGGUAACAAGCACUGUCACCAGCAGGCUGCAACCUUAAUCUCAGACUGGAUUUCUAGCAAUAGGAACCGAAUCCCACUCAAUGUGAGAGACAUUGUCUACUGUACAGGAGUUUCACUGAUGGAUGAAGAUGUAUGGGAGUUCAUCUGGAUGAAAUUUCAUUCUACCACAGCAGUGUCUGAGAAGAAAAUAUUAUUAGAAGCCUUAACUUGCAGUGAUGACAGGAACCUGCUCAACAGGCUUUUGAAUUUGUCUCUCAACUCAGAAGUUGUCCUGGAUCAGGAUGCAAUUGAUGUGAUAAUCCAUGUAGCUCGAAAUCCACAUGGAAGGGAUCUUGCUUGGAAGUUUUUCAGAGAAAAAUGGAAAAUAUUAAAUGCUAGGUAUGGAGAAGCAUUAUUUAUGAACUCAAAGCUUGUAAGUGGGGUCACAGAAUUCCUCAAUACUGAAGAAGAACUAAGGGAGCUAAAGAACUUUAUAAAGAGUUACGAAGGGGGAGCUGCUGCCUCUUUCUCUCGCGCUGUGGAAACAGUGGAAGCCAAUGUGAGGUGGCAAAGACUUUACAAGGAAGAACUUUUCCAGUGGCUAAGAAAAUCCUUGACACACUAAUCUGUCUUUCCAGCCGACCAUUUAACAUGAAGCUCUGCAAGAGGAGGAGAAGACAUUUUAGAAAUGUUCAGCACUAAAAUCAGGAAGACAAGAUCAGAGUGCAGGGAUAAGGUUUUUUCUUUUCUUUUUUUUUUUUUUUUUUAAACUGUGGGACUUUUUUUUUUUUACACUGGGCUCCUGUGAAAUUGUCAAGAAGCUUUUAAGAAGAGAAGAUCAUGAAUGCUUGUGAAAUCCAGCCCUCGGUGUACGCAACCAAACAUGAUAUUAACUGGUGCAUGUAAAUGUUGAAGAAAAACAAACAAAAAAAACCCUUCACAGACUAUUUUGUGCAUGCUUGUACUGUCCCUGCCUGUAUUCUAGCAUGCUUAUGUAUAACAGCCACAUUUUGUAUGUGAGUUCCAGUUACAUCAAAGAUGGGCAUUAUACAAAGCACAAA